GAGUCCAGCAUCUCCAAACAGCUGGUGGACAAGAUGUACGAGAAGCGCAAGGCGGCUGCGCUCGAGCUAGAGAAGCAAAUACGCGAGUGUCACCAGCAAGGGGACCAGCGCCGUAUAAGCCAAAUUGUGGACCAACUGGUCGAGAUGUUCAGCAAUCCCUCAAACCCCCUACACGUACGAAAUGGAGGACUCAUUGGUCUUGCUGGUACUGCAAUUGCCUUGGGCGUGGAUAUCGCACCGUACAUGGAGAAGUUCGUCGAGCCGCUGCUCGUAUGCUUCAUGGAUCCGGAGAACCGAGUACGGUACUUCUCCGCGGAAUGCCUAUACAACAUCGCGAAGGUGUCCAAGGGCGAAAUUCUGGUGUACUUCAACCCCAUCUUCGACGCGCUCAGCAAGCUUGCUGCAGAUUCGGAAUUGUCCGUCAAGAACGGCGCAGAGCUCUUGGACCGCUUGCUCAAGGACAUUGUCGCAGAAACAGCAUCUGUCUACAUCCCCCAAUACCCCGAGACCGAAGCGGCUCGCCGGAGAGCAGACCAAAUGAAUGGCAUUCUGGUGCCCCAUCCAGACGAUGUCGCGAACGGCGCAGAUAUCGGUUCCGCGCGCAAGGCUUUCUCCCUGGCACACUUUAUUCCUUUGCUCUCUGACAGGAUAUACGUCGUCAACCCGUUCACACGAAGCUACCUGGUCUCCUGGAUCACUGUGCUUGAUUCAGUCCCAGAGCUAGAGCUGAUCACUUACUUGCCCGAAUUCCUCGACGGUCUUUUGAAAUAUCUCUCUGAUCCCACCGACGACGUCAGGGUGGCGACAGAAGGUCUUCUUGCUGACUUCCUCCGCGAAAUACGGGUCGUCACAAAUGUUCAAAAGCAUCAAGAGGAACAAGCGAAGGCCAAGCGAGAAGCGACUCUCGCGGAGUCAUUUCGACGCCACGAAGGAGAGAAGGAAAGGCUGCCUGACAUUACCAUGGACCAUCCAGAGCGCGGUGCUUUCAUCACCGAACACGAUGACGUCUUCGACAACGACCUUGAACACCAAGACGACAGGCAGGAAGAGCAGGAAGUCCGCGAAACCGGCACCUGGUUGCCUGGUCAGGGUGUAAGGAUCGACUAUGCGGCAAUUGUCGAGAUACUCUUGCAACAGCUAGACGACCAACAUGACGAAAUCCAGCAAUCGACCGCAUUGCGGUGGCUGUCCGAUUUCCUCAACAUCACACAGGAAGUCAUGAUACCCUUUACUCCCCGACUUAUCCUAGCUAUCCUCCCUAAUCUUGCGCACGAUGUCCACAUGAUACAAGCAGCAGCCGUACGGACGAACCAAGCCCUCAUGAACGUUAUUCAAUCAUUACCUUCUCCGCCUGACGCCGCACCUGGUCGGCAAGGUACAGACAAGUCCUCAUUGGCUUCCGUCGCCAUGCCCUCUUCACCCCCGCCUCCCGCCGCGCCUAGGCAGUCAACUUCCGGAAAGGACGCCUUUCCUAGUCGGGACAUCAGCUCGCCAGAAUCCACCCCGGAGACUGGGGGCUCACAGGUUGGUGGCUCCGACCGCGCCUCGUUAUCCACUCAACAGAAAGGACGCUCCGCCACGCUGUCAUCUGAGGCCGCCCGGCCUAUAACCACGUUCGAAGGCGUCGUCCAGCUUCAGAACAGCCGUCCAGCAUCACCGACGUCCGCUGUGAGCGUGCUCCAGCUACACCAGUCCCCAGAGUCGUCGAUGUUGCAGGAGAAAGAGCAGAUCGACUACCAGGCGACCGUCAACGCGCUGACCAUACAGUUCUUGAGCGAACACGAGGAGACGCGAGUUGCUGCGCUGAAGUGGCUAAUCAUGCUGCACCAGAAGGCGCCCAAGAAGAUCCUCGCUAUGGACGAUGGGACGUUCCCUGCGCUACUCAAGACAUUGUCCGACUCGUCAGAAGAGGUGAUCAAACAUGAUCUACAGCUUCUUGCGCAGAUCUCUUCCAGCUCGGAAGAAAGCUACUUUAAAUCUUUCAUGAACAAUCUCCUGGAACUGUUCAGCACGGACCGCGGACUACUCGACUCUCGAGGUAGUUUGAUCAUCCGACAGCUAUGCCUUAACCUCAAUACCGAACGAAUAUACCGGACGUUUGCGGAGAUCCUUGAGAAGGAAGAGGAUUUGGAGUUCGCCAGUGUGAUGGUGCAGAAGCUCAACAUGAUUCUCAUCACCUCGCCGGAGCUGGCCGACUUCCGAAGGAGACUGAAGAGUCUGGAGACACGGCAAGACGGGCAGGCGCUGUUCACGACAUUAUACAGAUCAUGGUGUCAUAAUGCUGUGGCGGUGUUCUCGCUAUGUCUGCUCGCACAGGCAUAUGAGCAUGCGUGCAAUCUGUUGUACAUCUUUGCCGACCUGGAAAUCACCGUACAGCUCCUCGUGCAAGUCGACAAGCUCGUACAGUUGAUAGAGUCCCCCGUCUUCACAUACCUCCGACUACAACUGUUAGAGCCCGAGAAAUACCCACACUUGUUCAAAUGUUUGUACGGGCUCCUCAUGCUACUCCCCCAAAGCUCCGCUUUCCACGCCCUUCGGAACCGCCUCGUCGCCGUCAACUCCGCGGGCUUCCUGCACAUAGCACCAAAGUCGACCGUCGGGAACCUAUCCUCGACGCGGUCCAAGCUCGGACGCGAAGAUAUUAAGUGGCAGGAGCUCCUCCAGCACUUCCGCACCGUGCAGAUCAAACACGAGAAGGCACGCCGUCAGGCGCUCGGCAGCGCAGACUCCAUGUCCUUCCCGCCCCCCUACGCCAACGGCGCUGACAAGCCGCCCUCCCCACCCUCCGGCAGCGGUGGCGGCGCGACGAGCCCAACCCCAGGGCCCACUAUCGGCCCGGUCCCGACACCGACACGGCGGAAGGUGACGGGGGGCGAUGGCCCGCUGCGGCCACCAUCGCGCACGGGAGGCGUGCUGUCCCCUUUGAAUCCACGGGCGCGCGGGGGGAGCGCCCUCGCGAACUCGCUCGCGGGAGGGGCGGGGCAGCAGCAGCCGCCUGGGAGCCCGACGGGCCAGACACAGUUGCAGACGAAGACCGCUGUGCGACGGAGGUGAAGAUGGACACCGGGGUGUUACGGUAGUACAUAUAGUAUUAUUGCGAUUGGUUGUAUUCUUCGCGCGUCCACUCUCACGUCGAUUAUGCGAUAUGGAC